CCGACCACCCGCGCAGCGCAGGACUUGGGGAGCAAGCAAGGCGAAGCGGCCUGCCAUGGAUUCCUUCUCGUCCUCGCCGUCGUCGUCAGGUCCCGGCGCUAACCCGGACGUUGUUAUGGAACAGAUCAAGACGCAGCUCGCACAGGCUUACGCGCAGGAGUUUCUCGAGACCGUCGGGAACAAGUGCUUUGAAAAGUGCGUGACCAAGCCAGGAUCAAGCUUGAGUGGAAGCGAGAGCAGCUGCAUAUCACGUUGUGUUGACCGCUACAUUGAGGCCACUGGUAUUGUCAGCCGCGCAUUGUUCACUUCCCAGCGCUAAGAUCACAUGAAUAAGGAGAUGGUUUCGAAGAUCGCUCGUGAGAGUAAUGUCGCCAUGAGUUUUUUGACUUGUCGGAAUACAAUGACAUUUGAUGCUUGGUUAUUCAAAAAAAAAGUCUGCCUAUAGACUCAGGUUUCUUGUACACCUAUCUGCUUUAGUAAUAGAGAAACGUGCUCUAUUUAAGUGGCUCUGAUGUUAAUUUAUGCUCAUCAUGUGGUUUGUUUCGCUU